AUGUUUGGAAUAGAUUUUAAUUCGUGGUUACCUCCAGUUUGGGCAGAUUUCCUUAAUUCACUCAGUCUAACUGAUUUGAUCGCGGGUAUACCAGCGUUUCUUGUUAUUUACACCGUGCUUCCUAGUGCGAUUUACACAGCGCGACAUAGAAGUAGAAAAGGCAACUGGUAUAUUCCUCCCGAACCUACAGACGAAUCGCCGUCAACGAAAGCAAAAUUGCUCCUUUUAAAUAGUCUGGCCGUGUUAUUUACCAUUAAAUACAUUGCCGAGUAUGUUUUUGGACACCCGAAUCCGGAAAUUUUUGUCACGGGUGCCCUGUUGACAGUAGUUUUGAUAACCGUGGUGAUAUAUCACUUUGAGAACAUAGGAAUUAUUAAACCAGCAAUUCCCCUCUCGGUCUUAUGGGGAACAACAACGCUCACCACAUUAUAUUAUACAACCUCCACUCACGACAUUACUCACGAGAUAUAUCUGGUUUCUAGUUUGCUUAUGUUCUUGCUGGAAUGGGCAUCACCACGUUCAUCAUAUACACAGAAAGCAAAACCAAAACCAAAAUCCUUUACGGAUGUCAACCAUAAGAAAUCCGAAUAA